ACCUCCACCAACUCGAAUCAUGGCAAUACUGCGGUGACUGCCUCCUUGCAAUCGCAAUGGAUCAAUGUUCGCGCUCCACUCCCGGAGCGGCGUGCGACGCCUACCAAGCAGACUCUCGAACCCGACGGGACGGUAUUCCUCGAAAUAUGCCUUCACAUGCCUUGCGACGUUGAGACCAUCCAUCGUACACCUGCGAACGGCUAUCCGGGCUGCAAAUGACACCCAACCAUCCAGGCGUGCAUUCUGGAGUGGACUUCCAUCAAUCUUCGUGCCUCCUGUUGUCUUCAUCUCCUUGCUUUUAGGACUAUGGACGUACAAGUGCAUGAUGACUGUGCUGUUCCAGGACAAGAUCAUUUACAUGCCCUAUAUGCCACCAUAUGCGCGGAAGGAGAAGGUUGAAGAUUAUGCUGCUGUGUGCAAGCCUGUGGAAUGGGAACAUCUACAUAUUACAUCGACAGAUGGCACGAGGAUUGCGCUAUGCAUUGGGAAAAUCAGCUCUGCGAGCAAACAAAGCACGAAAAGGAAGGUCGUGAUAUGCUACUUUCAGGGCAAUGGUAGCAGCACGCCUCCAAGACUGCCAUUGCUAAGUAACACUCUCAAAGCCAUUGAAGCUCAAGCUGUCGCCGAUGGGCAAACUUCAGACGUGGAAUUCGUGCUUGUUGCUCUAUCUUACCGCGGCUACUGGACUUCGGGCGGUCGUGCAUCCCAGAAGGGCAUCGAAGAGGAUUCUAAGGCAAUGCUGAAGUGGAUUGAGACCACGCAAACCACUGCAAGCACUGAGACGCAGAUCUUCUUCUGGGGCCAGAGCAUCGGCGCAGGCGUGGCAACCACUGUCGCUGCUUCCUAUGUCUCCGCCAAUAAAGCUGGGCCUAGGCCUAAUAUCAGUGGCUUGAUCCUCGAAACGCCCUUCACAGGUAUCAAGAGUAUGCUAUUAGCGCUGUAUCCGCAGAAGUGGCUACCCUAUCGAUAUCUCUGGCCGUUUCUUUGGAAUCACUGGGACAGCCAAGCUGCUUUGCAGGCGAUUGCUCGUGUAGAUAGUCCUCCGACUAUCCUCAUCAUGCCGGCGACACGCGAUGAAGUUGUGCCUCCUAGCGAGGCCGACAAGCUUGAGCGGAUUGCACGCAGGGCUGAUCUGCGAACACUGAGGACCGACAUCAUUGGCGCGCUGCACACUGAAGCCACUACACGGAAAGAAGGUCAGGUCGCGGUUGCAAAGUUCGUGUGGGACGUGGUGAGUGAAGUGAAAACCAAGUGAGCUUCACUGCUCAUUCCAUUUUCAUUCGAUGGCCUCACUGCCGCUCUUGCCUGUCAAAACCCAACACCUUCUCCUCUUGAAUUGUCUCAGGAUCAUGCUGGCACUUUCAGCCAAUCAUCGUAAUACAGUGUGGGGCCAAAUAUGCGCCUAUCUGCUUACGGCUUAGCACUCUUGGCUUGGAUUAUAUAAACGCGUUCAGAUCCCAA